CACUCCUACUGUCACUCUAGAAAAUGGCCAAGUGUAACCACUUCCUAAAGCGUAGUAUAGCGGGUUUGGGUUUUAAUGUCAACCCGGGUCCUAGAUAUGAUGACUACUCAGUGAAUUCGUAUUAUCUAGCAAUGAAACUUUAGUGAAGGUCUAAACUAACAAGCAAGCAAAGCAACUAAACGGUUGUUUUCAGGUUAAGAGAGG